GAGCUGAAAUUUGUCCCCUCCCUGUAGGGGAAUGAAUGAAGUAUAAGAACCAAUACCGUAGCUUAGUGUCAAGCUCCAAGUGGUCAACAAUGGUGAGGAAGAGAUGCAAAACACUCACCUUGUUUUUCAUCAUCUUUCUCUCUCUCAUAGCCUUCGGUAUCUUUGUCCCUGUCUUCGCUCUUCUACCUUCUCUGUCUUCCCACUCUCUCCAUCACCAUCAACAGCAGCUCCUUCCUGCCACCAAAAAAAAUCACGGUUAUGCUCGAAAGUUUGAAAUUUCAGACGAUAAGUUCUGGAAAGAUGGUCAGCCUUUCCAGAUCAUUGGGGGUGACUUGCAUUAUUUCCGGGUUCUUCCUGAGUACUGGGAAGAUAGGCUGUUGAGAGCAAAGGCAUUGGGAUUAAAUACCAUUCAAACUUAUGUUCCCUGGAACCUACAUGAACCAAGAGCUGGUACUUUGGAUUUUGAGGGUAUUGCAGAUUUAGUAUCAUUUCUCAAACUCUCCCAGAGGCUUGGUAUUCUGGUUAUGCUUCGAGCUGGACCAUAUAUAUGUGCAGAGUGGGAUUUGGGGGGUUUCCCUCCUUGGUUGCUUGCCAUCAAUCCAGCUCCCAGACUAAGAUCAUCAGAUCCUGCUUUCCUUCAAUUGGUUGAAAGAUGGUGGGGAAGCCUACUUCCGAAGGUAGCCCCCCUUCUUUAUGGCAGUGGAGGUCCUAUUAUAAUGGUUCAGAUUGAAAAUGAAUUUGGUUCAUAUGGGGACGACAAAGCUUAUCUUCAUCACCUGGUCUCAUUGGCUAGAAAGCACCUUGGGGAUGAUGUUAUUUUGUAUACUACAGAUGGAGGUUCUAGGGAAACACUUGAAAAAGGCACAAUUCAUGGAGAUGCUGUAUUUUCAGCUGUUGACUUCACUACUGGUGACAACCCUUGGCCUAUAUUUGAGUUGCAAAAGGAGUUCAAUGCCCCAGGGAAAUCACCACCACUUUCUUCAGAGUUUUACACAGGUUGGCUUACACACUGGGGGGAGAAGAAUGCGCAGACUAGUGCGGAUUUUACGGCAGCUGCCUUGAAAAAUAUUUUGGAAAGAAAUGGUUCUGCAGUACUUUAUAUGGCACAUGGGGGAACAAACUUUGGAUUUUAUAAUGGAGCAAAUACUGGUUCGGAUGAGUCCGAUUACAAGCCUGACCUCACUUCCUAUGAUUAUGAUGCACCGAUUAGGGAAUCUGGGGAUGUAAACAACGCAAAAUUCAAAGCACUUAGGAGGGUUGUAGAGCAAUACAGUUCAGUAUCUCUCCCUGCAGUUCCAUCGGAUAAUGAGAAGAAGGCAUACGGAUCUAUUAAUGUAACUAAAACAGGGAAUUUGUUUGAAUUGAUACGUUAUUUUGACGUGGUUGAAUCUGACAACCCAAUAUCAAUGGAGUCAAUGGGCCAGAUGUUUGGAUUUCUGUUAUACGUAACCGAGUAUACUGCAAAAGACAAUGGUGGUGAAAGCAUUGUAUCUAUACCAAAGGUGCAUGACAGAGCUCAAGUUUUUAUAUCGUGCCCUUCCGAAGAUGGUCAUGAAAAGCCAACAUAUGUUGGCACGCUUGAAAGAUGGUCAAAUCAACCUCUAACCCUUCCUAAUACUAAAUGUCUCUCCAACAUCAGCUUACUUGUGUUGGUUGAAAAUAUGGGUCGUCUUAACUAUGGACCAUAUAUCUUUGACAGGAAGGGUAUUCUAUCUCCUGUUUAUCUAGAUGGGAGAAUUCUCCGUAAAUGGAAAAUGUAUUUGGUGCCCAUAAUCAACCUGAACGAAUCCCCCAAAAUCAAUCCCAAUCCCAUAAUUCAGGCUGCAAAUUCUGGAUUCAUUACUAUGUCAGCCCACAAAAGGUUAAAACAGAAGUCUGGGAAUGCUUCGAAAGAACCGGCAUUCUAUGCUGGAUAUUUUUAUAUUAGCAAAGAAGACAUAAUCAAAGAUACAUUCAUAUCAUUGAGCGGGUGGGGUAAAGGAAUUGUAACUAUUAACAAUUUCAAUAUAGGAAGAUUUUGGCCGUUAAAGGGACCACAAUGCAACCUCUACGUUCCAGCUCCCAUCCUUCAGAAUGGGAAGAAUGUUGUGGUCAUAUUUGAGUUAGAAUCUCCAAACCCGGAGCUUGUGGUACAGUUAGUUGAUCAGCCAGACUUUACUUGUGGUCCAAGGAAAUCGAAUGUGCAUCAACUUUAGCGGUACUAUGUUAAUACAAGAUGAUCUAGGUCUUGCUUAAAAACAUUGAAAGGGGACUUGGACUCUUGGACUGUUGAUCUCCACUUUGAAACGCCGGUCCUUCUGAGAAUUCUUCCAUCGUGUUUGUUUAUAACAGUUAACAGAUACAAAGUCUACAAGGUUUCAUGUUCAAUAGGCAAGACAAGAAAAGAAAGCUGUACAGACUCUAUUAUAUUCAUUUGUGAAAUUCUCCAUCUCCUUGUAUUCUGCAUAUUUAUCUACUAAGUAAGAAAGUUGCAUGACAAA